AUGAAACUUGUCCGCUUUUUGAUGAAAUGCGCCAACGAGACGGUGACCAUUGAGCUCAAGAAUGGCACGAUUCUCCACGGCACCAUCACCUCCGUCUCUCCUCAGAUGAACACCUCCCUCCGAACAGUAAAGAUGACUCCCAAGGGCCGUGAUCCGGUAUCCUUGGACACCAUCAACAUCCGUGGCUCGACUAUCCGAUACUACAUCCUUCCCGACAGCUUGCCCCUCGACACUCUGCUGGUGGACGACGCCCCCAAGCCCAAGAAUAAGGCCCGAAAGGAGGCGGAUCGUGGGCGUGGCGGUCGUGGAGGUGGCCGAGGUGGCCGGGGCCGUGGUCGUGGCCGUGGCCGCGGUCGUGGCUUCUAG